AUGGAGCGGUUCCUGGCUCUGCUGCGUCUGCUGAGCAGGAGGAGGCGAGGGAGGAGGUACAGGGCCGACGACGACUACCAGGAAGGAUAUGAGGACGUUUACUACUACACCAGCAAGUACAACACACACCUACUGAAUGAGGGGCCGUACAGCAAACACUCCACCGGGCCCAGACCUCCAGACGGAGCGCUGGCCAUCCGGAGGCAGAGCAUCCCGGAUGAGUUCCGGGGGUUCUCGGUGGUGGAGCUGAUGAAGAAGGAGGGAACAACGCUCGGACUGACGGUGUCGGGCGGCAUCGACAAAGAUGGGAAACCCCGAGUAUCAAACCUGCGGCAGGGAGGCGUCGCGGCCAGGAGCGACCAGCUGAACGUCGGCGACUACAUCCGCGCCGUGAACGGCAUCAACCUCUCCAAGUUCAGACAUGACGAAAUCAUCAGUCUGCUGAAGAACGUCGGGGAGCGAGUCGUCCUGGAGGUCGAGUAUGAGCUGCCGCCCGUCUCCGUGCAGGGGUCAGGGGUCAUGUUCAAGAACGUGGAAGUCACGCUUCACAAAGAAGGAAACAGCUUCGGCUUUGUCAUCAGAGGAGGGGCCCAUGAAGACAGGAACAAGUCUCGUCCCAUCGUCGUGACAACAAUCAGGCAAGGGGGCCCGGCUGACAGAGAAGGAACCGUCAAACCGGGCGAUCGGUUGCUGAGCAUUGACGGAAUCCGUCUCCACGGCAGCACGCUGUCGGAGGCCAUGAGCAUCCUGAAGCAGUGUGGACAGGAAGCUACACUGCUGCUGGAGUACGACGUGUCAGUGAUGGACUCGGUUGCCACGGCGUCGGGGCCACUGCUGGUGGAGGUUGCCAAGGCGUCUGGUUCCAGUCUGGGCGUGGCUCUGUCCACCUCCAUGUUCUGCAGCAAGCAGGUCAUCAUCAUCGACAAGGUCAAACCAGCCAGUAUAGCAGACAGGUGUGGUGCUCUUCACGCAGGAGAUCACAUUUUGUCUGUCGAUGGGAAAUCGAUGGAGUUUUGUUCUCUGGCUGAAGCCACUCAGCUGCUGUCUGCUUCCUGUCAGACCGUCCGCAUGGAGAUCCUGCCACAGCACCAGGCCAGACCUGCUCUGAACGCACCGCAGCACGUCAAGGUGCAGCGUAGUCCCCGCCCCCUCCCCUGGGAAACUGGAAACUCCGCCCCCGUCCACCCUCCCUACCACUACAACACGUACCACCCCGACCAAUCAGCUUCCAGAUCGCACAACCGCCACACAAACAACCCUCCUCUCAGCCACUCGUUCUCUCCCGGCUCCAUGUCGGCCUACAGUCUCUCGUCCCUCAACAUGAGCACACUGCCCCGGAACAUGUAUCCCACGAGUCCACGGGGCACGUUGAUGAGGAGGAAAGCCAAGAAGAAGGACUUCAAGAGCUCACUUUCUCUUGCGUCGAGCACCGUGGGCCUCGCCGGGCAGGUCGUCCACACGGAGACCACGGAGGUGAUGUUGCUAGGCGACGGCAUCAUGGGCUUCGGCCUGCAGCUGCAGGGCGGAGUCUUCGCCACGGAAACGCUGUCCUCGCCGCCGCUCAUCGCUUACAUCGACCCCGACAGCCCCGCAGAGAGGUGCGGCAUCCUGCAGAUUGGAGACAGGAUUCUGUCCAUAAAUGGAGUUCCUACUGAAGACUCCACCCUGGAAGAAACCAAUCAGCUGCUCAGAGACUCGUCCAUCACUGCUCAGCUCACACUGGAGAUCGAGUUCGACGUGGCCGAGUCGGUCAUCCCGAGUUCUGGAACGUUCCACGUGAAGCUGCCAAAGAAACCGGGGGUGGAGCUGGGAAUCACCAUCAGCUCGCCGUCCAACAGGAAACCAGGUGAUCCUCUGAUCAUCUCUGACAUCAAGAAAGGCAGCGUCGCACACAGGACGGGGACGCUGGAGCUCGGAGACAAGCUGCUCGCCAUCGAUAACAUCCGUGUGGAGAGCUGCUCGAUGGAGGAGGCCGUCCAGAUCCUGCAGCAGUGCGAGGAACUCGUCAAACUCAAGAUCCGCAAAGACGAAGACAACUCAGACGAACAGGAAGUGUCCGGCACCAUCAUCUACACCGUGGAGCUGCAGAGGUACGGUGGCCCACUGGGAAUCACCAUCUCAGGCACCGAGGAGCCGUUCGACCCCAUCAUCAUCUCCUCGCUGACUAAGGGCGGGCUGGCCGAGAGGACUGGUGCGAUCCACGUGGGUGAUCGUAUCCUGGCGAUCAACAGCAGCAGCCUGAAGGGGAAACCUCUGAGUGAAGCCAUCAGUCUGCUGCAGCAGGCGGGCGAGACGGUGACGCUGAAAAUCAAGAAGCAGGGAGAGCUGUCGAGUCCGAAGUCGUGCGUGAUUGGCCCAGGUCUGAGCUCGGGGGUGGGGCUCGGUCAGGAGAACCUGGACGGGGAGGAGGAGCCUGUCAUCGUUGUUGUUCCUCCACCGAGCCAGAGAGCGUUCAGCACGUUACCGUCCGUCGACAGCGCCGUGGAGUCGUGGGACGGAUCCAACAUGGACAGCAGCUUCACCUCGCCGGCUCCAGCGUUCCAGUCUUCUCCGUACACGUUCCACGAGUGGCGCAACGCCAAGACGAUUAACAGCCAAUCAUCGUCCGCCGCUCGCCAGCGAGCCAAUCCGCUGUCAGAUCUGGGCCUGAGUGACGACGACUGGGACCGCCCACCACUCGGAGGAGCCUGUAACCUGCCCAGCGGUCUAAUCUCUGACAGCAGGUUCACCGUGGGCCAUGAUGGAACAGAACCGGACCAGGAGGAGAACUUCUGGUCUCAGGCUCUGGAGGAUCUGGAGACGUGUGGACAGAGCGGUAUCCUCAGGGAGCUGGAGGAGACUGAUCAGGAGACGCACCUGCUCGCUCUGGCAACCAUCAUGUCGGGCUCCACCCUAAGUCUGAACCAUGACCCCACCCCCCUGCGCAGCACUCUGGGACGCCAGGCCAGUUUUCAGGAACGCAGCAGCAACCGACCACAGGUGACGCCAAGGUCCAACACCUUACCCUCUGACCCCCAACGCCGAGCCUUUGCCAUGAGGAAGAUGAGGCAGGAAGUCAAUGAGAUCCUAAACCAGAACCCUGUGGAACUCCAUAAGUUGACUCUGGAGAAGGCCUCGGACCUGGAGGACUUUGGUUUCAGUGUUUCUGAUGGUUUGUUGGACCGUGGCGUCUACGUGAACAACAUCCGACCUGGGGGUCCGGCAGAGCGGGGCGGCCUCCGAGCCUAUGACCGAAUAUUACAGAUCAACCACGUGCGGACAAGGGACUUCGACUGCUGCCUGGUCGUCCCUCUGAUCGCAGAGUCUCCAGAUCGCUUGGAUCUCGUCAUCAGUCGAAACCCCACCUCCUCUUGUCUGCUAGUCAAUCACACUGAUGGCAUCACCAACAACAGUAGCCACUCCCAUCAGCCAAUUGGCAGCGACCUGGGACCGUCUGAGCUUUGUAUUGGCCAAGUAGAUGAUUGUGGUCCUAUCAAGUGGAGCAAACCGGGAGAUCUGCUGGGGGCAGCGUUUGGGGUGGGGCAGGUGAGUAAUAGCUCCUUAUAGCAGACAAACCUGGAUCUAACUGGAUUAAACUGGUUGUAACCAGACUGGAAAAGAGGUCGAUGACGAGAACAAUACAACAAAGUUGAGUCAAACUGGUUCAGCGUGGACCCCCAUGGUGCUACAUACACCCCCUGGAUGGACUUUGACGUUUAACCACUAAGUUUGACCCUUGAACUGCUAAAGGAGCCUGAAAGCACACAAUUGACUGGAAAAACUCCUCACCUUUUCAUGUGAACCAGUUUUGCAAACUGGUACUACUGGUGUCACCGGAUCCUGAACUAUGACCACUGAUACUACUGGAACCACAACGCGAGCAACUGAUACGAGAUUGACAGGUUCUGGUUCUACGAGGCCACAGCCAUGCCCCC